AGGAGUAAAGAAACUUCGGAAUAAUCAACAGACCUUCUGAACUGCGGGCGAUAUUUAAUUUGUGUUUUCUUAGUAGUAAAGUCAAACAGACAUCCUCAGGGAAGUCCCUUUAUAGUCCUACAUAAUUCAUGCCCUUUGAACUUCCUUGGUAUGACGGUUGUUUGUACUUUGUACUUAUGUUUACGGCUAAGUGUGUAUUAGGAUACAGAGUAUCCUACUAUUCAUUAUGUGCAUGAAAGGUUUUAUUCCUUCCGCAAUUAUAAAAUCGAAGGAAAUUAGUACUGUUGUGAAUGUGGAAUAAAUAUUUUCGAUUGUACUCCAUACUUCAGUGACUGCACUGUUGAGUUCAUUAGCAAUGGCAGGAAUCUUCGACCCACCUGAAUUUAAGUGCGAAGAAUGUGGCAUUGGUGAUUCCACACAGGGGUAUAAAGUUGUUGAGAAGCGUCACCUGUGUCCAACUUGUGCUCGCAAUCUGGCCAGCGCCAUCCUGGCUGAUGCAUCACAUAGAUCUGUUAAGUGGCCGUGCCCACAACACGAUCGAAAAGAAGUGGAACUGUUCUGCUCUGAAUGCAAAGAGGCAGUGUGCUCAACUUGUGCAUUAUCUUCUCACCAAGGUCACCGGAUGCAAGAUAUCGAGAAAUUCUUCAUCGAGAAGAAAGAAGUUGUGAAAAGGGAUGUUGAAAAGAUUUCUGCAAAGCAGAUCGAGAGGAGAAGUUUCUUGGAUAAGUUAGCAAACCAUUCGCAAGAAUUGGAUGAUCAUUUAAAAGACAUCAGGGGGAAGAUAUCUGUCACGUUCCAGACAAAGUCGCGAGAUCAAAAGGAGCAAAGAGGGGUACAAGUGGCCAGGAUAAACAAAGAAUCAGAAGAGCUCAUUAUGCAUAUCAACGAAAAUCGUCGAAUGCAGCUCAAGAAAGUUGAAGAAGAAUUCCACAAUGAACAAGAAACACUAGCAAAAGACCGAGACAAUGUUCUUGCAGAGUUGAAAGUUGUCGAAGACAAUUUUGUCCAGAUGACGUCAAAAGUGAAAGCGUCAGUUGAGGCCACUAAAGAUCAGCUGGAGAGCACCGCUGCACUUGCGAAAUCCAUCAUGGUCGAUUGCGAUGGGAAAGCUUUCUAUGAGAAGAUCGCAGAGUUUCACGAGAAGGGUAUGGACAAAUUACCGUGUUUCGAUCAUGAUCACCUGGAUAAAUUGUCUAAUAUGGUGAGAAAAAUACGUUACAAGAGAGUGGAUGACAUUCAAGCCAUCGGAAUUCUCGAGGGAAAGAAGACUUCGUAUGACUUGGUCAAGACUGUGAACCUUCCAUCCGAUGUCAAGGAGCCAUUUCUUCUCGGAUCGAUCGACGAGCAAACGGUGGUCUUGCGGAAUGGCAUUGGGUCCAUUCUGUACUCGGUAAACGUAGAUUCUGGAUCACUGGAAACACUGAUGACCGAACAGAAGUCUAGAGGCAUUUGGGAUUUGGCAGUUCUUACUCUACCUGACAAUUCGAAAGGUUUUGCUUACAGUGAUUUCAAUGCCGGCGUGCUAAAAAUCUGUAACAGAGACGGAACCGAUGAAAGGGAUGUAGGCCUGACUCUUCCCGACGAUGAAGCCCGCUUUGCUUUCGUAAAUGUGGACAGGAAGGGCAAACUUCUCGCUGCUAGUCACAAUACUGGCGAAAUACAUGUGAUUAAUCCCCAAACAGGAGAACAUCUUCGCACUAUCGAUGACCUCGCAUGCACACCGAUAAAUGGAUGCGGGACGCUUUCAAAUGGAGACAUCAUCGUUCUCUUUGGAAACUCCAACAUCUGCAAGAUCUUUCGAGCAACAGGGGACGUCCGGAUGACCCUAGCUCUUGCUGGCUGGAGCAGAAGAAUAAACUUUCACGUCGGUGUAGAUGAUAUGAUCUACGUGACUUAUCGUAAAGAAUCUCGGGAGUCAUACGUGGGCUAUGUCAGUGUCCUCUCUCCUGACGGGGUUUUGGUGAAGGAUAAAGCAAUCGUGUUUCCAACAUCUUAUCUCCAUCGCUUUUCCCCAAGAUGCAUUGUUCCUGCUCCCGGAACUGUCAUCAUUCUGAAUGGAAAUGUCCUCCUUGUUUACAAGGAGACACCUGGAGUUGACGAUCUCCAUCACUGAC